CUCAAAGAAAAUGAACGGCACCCUGGACCACCCAGACCAACCAGAUCUAGAUGCUAUCAAGAUGUUUGUGGGCCAGGUUCCCAGGACCUGGUCUGAGAAAGACUUGAGGGAACUCUUCGAACAGUACGGUGCUGUCUAUGAAAUCAACGUCCUACGGGAUAGGAGUCAAAACCCUCCUCAGAGCAAAGGGUGCUGUUUUGUUACAUUUUACACCCGUAAAGCUGCAUUAGAAGCUCAGAAUGCUCUUCACAACAUGAAGGUCCUCCCAGGGAUGCACCACCCCAUACAGAUGAAACCUGCUGACAGUGAGAAGAACAAUGCAGUGGAAGACAGGAAGCUGUUCAUUGGUAUGAUUUCCAAGAAAUGCACUGAAAAUGACAUCCGAGUCAUGUUCUCUUCGUUUGGACAGAUUGAAGAGUGCCGGAUAUUGCGGGGACCUGAUGGCCUAAGUCGAGGUUGUGCAUUUGUGACUUUUACGACAAGAGCCAUGGCACAGACGGCUAUCAAGGCAAUGCACCAAGCACAGACCAUGGAGGGUUGCUCAUCACCCAUGGUGGUAAAAUUUGCAGACACUCAGAAGGACAAAGAACAGAAGAGAAUGGCGCAGCAGCUCCAGCAGCAGAUGCAGCAAAUCAGCGCCGCGUCUGUGUGGGGAAACCUGGCUGGUCUCAAUACUCUUGGACCGCAGUAUUUAGCACUUUAUUUGCAGCUCCUUCAGCAGACUGCCUCCUCUGGGAACCUCAACACCCUGAGCAGCCUCCACCCAAUGGGAGGGCUAAAUGCAAUGCAGUUACAGAAUUUGGCAGCACUAGCUGCUGCAGCCAGUGCAGCUCAGAACACGCCGAGUGGUACCAAUGCUCUUACUACAUCCAGCAGUCCCCUCAGCGUGCUCGCCAGUUCAGCAGGGUCCUCGCCGAGCUCCAGCAGCAGUAACUCUGUCAACCCCAUCGCCUCCCUCGGGGCCCUGCAGACACUAGCUGGGGCAACCGCCGGCCUCAAUGUCAGCUCUCUGGCAGGAAUGGCGGCUUUAAAUGGCGGCCUGGGCAGCAGUGGCCUCUCUAAUGGCACUGGGAGCACAAUGGAGGCCCUGACCCAGGCCUACUCGGGCAUCCAGCAGUACGCCGCCGCCGCACUCCCCACACUGUACAACCAGAACCUGCUGACACAGCAGAGCAUCGGUGCUGCUGGGAGCCAGAAGGAAGGUCCAGAGGGAGCCAACCUGUUCAUCUACCACCUGCCCCAGGAGUUUGGGGAUCAGGACCUGCUGCAGAUGUUUAUGCCCUUUGGGAACGUCGUCUCAGCCAAGGUUUUUAUAGACAAGCAGACGAACCUGAGCAAGUGUUUUGGUUUUGUGAGUUACGACAAUCCUGUUUCGGCUCAAGCCGCCAUCCAGUCCAUGAAUGGCUUUCAGAUUGGCAUGAAGCGACUUAAAGUGCAGCUCAAACGUUCGAAGAAUGACAGCAAGCCCUACUGAGCGUGCUCCCCUCUGAGACUGAAGUGAGAGGGUCUUCUGAUUCCUGCCGUUUGUUCAUCGUUGUGCCUAAAGCAUGUCGAUGUGGCGUCAAGUACAUCGUCCAAAUCCCUGUCUCUUCAGCUUCUCUGAUGCUUGAACUCUCACCUUUGACCUUGUGUUGACCUUUGAUGCUGACGUGUAUUUUUUUUAUUAUGUUUGUUUCUUUCUUUGUUUUUUCUUUCCUUGUUUUUUUUUUGUUGUUGUUGUUCCUUUUGUGCUGCCAAAUUGGUUUUGCUAGAACGACUGCUGAAGGGGAAAUAUUUAAACUUGCAUUUGAAUAUAAAAAAAUCUAUUUUUCUAGAACUUCAUAAGAUAACCACUUGAUUUUGUGAUUCCAAUUCUUUGUAACUGUCUUCAGAGUGGCCCUGCUAGCACGCAGCGCGUGGUGUCUGUUCUCGGUGAGCACGCGGCCAGUCGCUUCUAGGCGUCCUUUCUCCGUGGGCUUAGUUUUACGACAGCUUUGAAGUGAGCGAUGAAAUAAAAGAUGUCACUGAAUGAAACCUGAGGCUCCGAGCACAUUUCGCUGAGAUCCAGUUUGUGGGGCUGGAGGAGACCGCGUGUGUUGGUCUUAUUUUGUCACUUCGAGUUUGGGGCUACAGAAAACAGCUGAGCUCCUGGCCCUUGCGACUGCAGGCUGCAGUUUGGGGCCCAGUUUGUUUUGUGGCUCUUCCCUGUGGGGCGCCUUCGGGCCCCACUUGGCCCCUCCCCCCGGCCUUGCCUGCACUUCCAUGCUUGUCCCCACAGUCUCCACAGCAAAAUGUGAUGCUGCUUCCUUUUUUUUUAACUAUUGGUUCGUUUUGUUUUGUUUUUGUGUUGAGUUUUUUGUUCCCCCUCCUUGCCUACUAAGAUUAUGCCCAGAAAAUCCCAAGUUCUGCAUGUGUCCUGCUGUUCCUUCACACCUUCCUAUCUAUCACCGGCACCUCUCUGUUUUCUAUAGUUUGUGCAAAAACUGGCCCAUUUAAAGGGUUUCAAAGAAGCUGUUUUAAAUUGUAGGGUUGAUUUUUUUUUUUUCUUUCCAAGAUUGUAUUAUUUUAUUUUGAAGUGGCAACUUUCUCCUCCGUUGCCCAUAGAGCGUUUGCCUGUGCACUUAGACUGUCACCCCGUGUGACCUCGGUGGGCCUCCAGGAGGCUGGCUGCUCCGCUUAGAGAGGGCUGCGAGGGGCACAGAGAGGAGCCCCGAAGGUGGCUACGGGUGGGCAAGAGGCUUAGCACAUUAGGGGUCUGAGCGCCUCUUGGCCUGGAGGAAGGAGGAUGCUCCUGACCACUCGUAGGAGGCCAUCUGAGCACCGAGUGGCGAUAUACCUGCUGGCGCUGUUUCCUCAGUGACAAGCACAAUACUACAGUCUUCACACUGUUUACAGCCCUGGGCACCAACCGCCCCACAUUGGCUCUUCACCACAGCUCUGCUGGGGGCGGGGGGCCGAGGGCAGGGAUUUGGUCUCUAAAUUGAGUGAAGACCAAAUAGCUGCUGUCCCUGGGUGCCAGGCAAGCCGGUCUCUUGGUUCCCUGCGGGGGCUUGCCCUCCUGUCUCGUGGCACCAUCUGGCCUCAAGGGCUGAGGAACGUGAGUAAGAAUGUGAAGGGCAGGCAGGCGAGGCCCCGGCGGGCCUGUGGAGGUGAGCGGUUGAGAGGGAAGAUAGGGUUCAUGGUAGGUCCCACCCAGACCGCGGCUCCGGCUGGGAGAGUUGUUAGUCGGAUGCCCUGAUUGUCCAGGGAGGACAAGGAGGUGGGAGAAGGCAGAACACUGUUGAGCACCCUCUGUGCUAGGGUUGGCGAGGGCAGGGGCCCAGCAGAACUUCUGCCCUGGCACCCAGCAGGGUUCUAGGCUGAUGCCGGAGCCCCCUCUUACUUAGGAGCAAGGGACAUCCCUGGGGGUCCUGGGUAUGGUAGGCUGCUCAGUGUCUGGAGAUGGGGGUGGGAUGGAGAGAAAGAGGCCAGCAGCCCAGCCCGAGCAAGACUGCUGCGCACCCACAGUCUGAUUGCACAGAGCCGCCUCUGUUGGCAGAAGGCCCCGAGGCCCCUGCGUGUGUAUUGGAAGAAUCCGUGUUUGCCAAUAUCUUUUGCUUUCAAUUCCAAGAGGAGCUCUGGGAAAACCUGUGGAUAAAACCAAAUGCCAAACGUUGGACACUGUUCCUUUUCCUUUUCACUCUGAUUGUUUUAACUGUUCUGUGGUGGUUUUAAUGGAUUUGAGACCCUGGAGCGGCAGCUGCCUUUCUGAUUUCCAGCUGCUUUUUGUGAAUAAUUUAAAAAGAAAAAAAAACUUUACAUUUUGAAGACAAACCUGUGUGAGUUUUUUAUUGGUACAAACGUUGUAUUUAACACUAGGGGUUUUGUACAGUUUUUUGCCUUUUCUACUAGAAAACAAUGUAAAGUGAUUUCACAAUGUGAAGAGAAAAAUAAAUUGCCACUAUGACCAAACGCAGUCUGUUCUGCAGCAGCAGCAACGGGAGUCCAUCCACUCAGAGUCGUGAUGCAGCCGUACAGAUGCUUUCCCUCCUUUGAGCUUUCCCUUCCUCCCCUGUUUUGAUUUGCAAAAGAAAAUGUCUUUUUUGUGUGAACUUGUGUUGUACUCUGUAGAAAAUUAUGGAUUUUACUUUUAAUGGUUUAAAAAAGAAAAAAAAAAAGAAGAGCGCUUGUUGCUCUUCUGACUUGAUCACAGAGUGUGUGUAGUGGAUUAAAAAAUGUUACGCGUUUGGAGCAAGGGGGUAUGUGUUUCCAAGGAAUCGCCUUCCUUUUUGUGUGUUUUUCCUUCUGUCCCAAUGGGGAACCUAAAUCUGUUUUAAUUGCACAGACACACGGACAAAAAGUCAUUUUGUAUCUGCCAAGUGUGGACCUUUCUUUGUUUAUUUGCUAUUAAACUGUUUGAGAAGAACCGA